AAGUGCCACUUUAUCAGCUCUCAGAGCCGCAGAAGCAAGUGGCCAAUUUGUAAUGAAUGCAUCUUCGGAGCCUGAGAAGAAGUCUCUGACAUUUCUCUCCUCUCUUGCUUCUUAUUUUCUGCAAGUUCAGAAAGAUUAGAUUUUGAUAAAAGUUCAAGUAGUGAGAGGAAUUUAGAUUUUGGUACCAAAAAAAAGAGGGGGGAUUUAGAAAGAAAAAAAAGGAAGAAAUGGGAAUGGGAACAAGCACAUUUAUCAUCAGAUGGGUCAACUUUCUCACCAUGCUCUUAGCAAUUGUUGUCGUAGUUUUCGGGGUGUGGAUGAGUACUCAUCACGAUGGCUGUCGGAGAUCCCUCACGCUCCCCGUUAUAGGCAUUGGUGCAGUCAUCUUUUUAAUAUCAAUAAUCGGCUUCUUGGGUGCAAUGAAAAAUAGCUCCAUACUCUUGUGGAUUUAUCUGAUUCUGUUGUGCUUCAUACUGGUGGGAAUCCUGGUGUUCACGGUAUUAGCGUUCAUUGUCACAAAUAAUGGCUCUGGUCAUAGCGUGGUUGGCUUGAGGUACAAGGAGUAUCAACUCCAUGAUUACAGUCCGUGGUUUCUAAAACAAUUGAACAAUACGCAAAACUGGAAGCACUUAAAGAGUUGUCUUGUGAAAUCUAAUGACUGCAACGACCUACCAAAAAAGUAUAAGACUCUGAAGCAAUACAAAUUGGCAAAGCUAACCCCUGUGGAGGCUGGUUGUUGUCGACCACCAUCUGAAUGCGGUUAUCCUGCUGUUAAUGCGUCAUACUAUGACAUGAGCUUCCAUCCAGUUAGUUCAAACAAGGACUGCAAACUUUACAAAAAUGCCCGGGACACCAAGUGUUACAAUUGUGAUUCCUGCAAGGCUGGAGUUGCACAAUACAUGAAAACUGAGUGGAGACUGGUUGCGAUCUUUAAUGUUGCUCUGUUUGUUGUUUUGUCUAUGAUAUAUUUCGUGGGAUGCUGUGCAAGAAGAAAUGCUGCAAGAGUCCGUUCCAAAAAUUAACAAGAGGACCUCUGCUAUGAGAAACGCUCUUAGGGACGAAGAAACUAUGUAGUCCUGAAAAUGCAUUCAAGCAACCUGUGAGUGAUUUCUUUUAUAGAAUUUAAACAAAGAAAGUGCUCCAUCAUACAAUGGGGAAGUACUUGCUACCUAGAGGCUAUCUGCCUUAAGAUUGUAUAAAAAUGCUUUGUGAUGCUACGGAAACAAAUUAUAUCAUUUCUUUACUUA